UCCCAUAAUGCAACAGGCAACAAAGGAGAGAGGAAGAGAGCGACGGAAAAGGGGCAAAAAGUUUUGAGAUGCAAUAGGCAAAUAAUUCUGUACCUCGAAGACAUCUGGACGGGCCAGUUAACAACAAAGCAGGCUGUGACAUUUUCGAUGUCAUUGUCGGUUCUUGCCACAAUUCAUACAAGCUGGGUUGUUUAUUUAGCUAGCAAGCUAGCUAGACGAGUCGGACCUUAGUCAAAGGUGAAGAUAUAUGAAGUAACGUUAGCUAGCUUGCUACUUUAAACUGUUCUUCACCAGACAUUAUUUGUAAGAGCUCCGUUAAACAUCACUUCGGACUGGUCUCAGUGCAAAUUGGAGAAAAACACUGUUAGGCGCCUGGAAGGCAUAUGGAAGAACAGAACCCCAAAGUGUCAAAUUCUGGCACGACAGCCCUGGGAUGUGCAUAACAACGCUGAGUAAACUCAUGAAAGGACGCUUCAGAUAAGAUCUGCUCCACUGAACAUCGCAGGUGAGGCCACACCCCCGUUCCCUCGUUGGGAGGGAGGGGGCGGGACUUUCAGGAUGAAGAAGAUUAGCCUUAAGACGAUACGGAAGUCACUCAACCUGAAGGGCAAGGAGGAGGGCGGCGAGUUUGGGGUCCAGCAGCCGGCGCUGGGCUGCAACUUCCCUAAAGAUGACUCCCUCUUCAGCGGGUGCUACAGCAAGGACCUGGCGGGGUGCGACCUGAGCGAGGAAGAGGAGAAGCCCGGGCACAAGGGCCGCUCCAAAAGCGAGAGCCUCAUGGGGUCGCUGAAGAGGCGCCUGUCCGCCAAGCAGAAGCCCAAAGUCAAGGGCGGGUCCCCUUCGGUGGACUGCGCGGACGACGACACCUUCUCGUCCUCCUCCGCCCCCGUCGGCCUCAACGACAUCAAGGCCCAGCGGCCUCUGAGGUCCACCUCCCUCCGCAGCCACCACUACAGCCCCACCCCCUGGCCCCUCCGCCCCGCCAACUCGGAGGAGACCUGUAUCAAGAUGGAGGUGAAGGUGAAGGCGUUGGUACGCUCGACCGGGCCCAGCCCGGCCCUCAACGGCGUCCGGAAAGAGUACCAGGACCUGCGGAUGGACAGGGUCUUCCAGGACUCUGCCGACGUGCUGAAGAGCGCCGAGCCCCAGAACGGGGACCUGCACCUGGACAUCGACGAACACGUGCCUGUAGUCUUAGGACUCACCCCUCAGGACUAUAUUCAGUACACGAUGCCUUUGGAGGAGGGGCUCUACCCCGCGGAGGGGUCGCAGCCUUUCUGUGUGGACGGCUCCUCCCCCAUGGAGGUGACUCCGCCCGCAGAGGGCGGGCCCCUGCCCGUGGGAGAGGGGGCGAUGGACCAGGACCUGGGCUUGCCGCCGGACAUCUUCAUGGAGCCGUCCGUGAACGGGCUGCUGAUCGGCUCGGCGGGCGUGGUCCUCCAGGGCUCCCGGCUGGACGCCCCGCCCCUCUCGCCCCUCCUCCCGCCGCAUCCCGCCGGCCACGGCCAGCGGGGCUUCCACGCGUUCGGCGGGGCGGACGCCCAGGUGGCCGAGCGGGUGCGCCACCACCUGAACUUCGACCCCAACUCGGCCCCCGGCGUCUGCAGGGUGUACGACGCGGUCCGGAGCAGCGGGCCCAUGGUGGUGACCAGCCUGACGGUGGAGCUGAAGAAGCUGGCCCGGCAGGGCUGGUACUGGGGCCCCAUCACGCGCUGGGAGGCCGAGGAGAAGCUGGCCAACCUGCCCGACGGCUCCUUCCUGGUGCGCGACAGCUCGGACGACCGCUACCUCCUCAGCCUGAGCUUCCGCUCGCAGGGCAAGACGCUGCACACGCGCAUCGAGCACUCCAACGGCCGCUUCAGCUUCUACGAGCAGCCCGACGUGGAGGGCCACACGUCCAUCGUGGACCUCAUCGAGCACUCCAUCAAGGACUCGGAGAACGGCGCGUUCUGCUACUCCCGGUCCCGCCUCCCCGGCUCGGCCACGUACCCGGUGCGGCUGACCAACCCCGUCUCGCGUUUUAUGCAAGUGCGCUCCCUGCAGUACCUGUGCCGCUUCGUCAUCCGACAGUACACGCGGAUCGACCUGAUCCAGAAACUGCCUUUGCCAAACAAAAUGAAAGACUACCUGCAGGAGAAGCACUACUGAACCGCUCGAGCAGGACGCUGAUAAGGGGACUGGUGUUGCCACUUGCACUUUCUGGUGUCAGUAAGACGGUGGAAUUCAUGGAUACAAAGUUUGGUGCCAUGAUUUUUUUAUUUUUUUAGUUUUAUUUUUGAUUUUUUUUUUGUUGUUUUGCAUCAAUAAAUUGUGUAUUAGUAGUAUCUGGCUCUCCCUUUUCUAGCUAGGAUCUUAAAAUUAGUUGUUGCUCAGACCCACACUUAAUGAGCAGGAAUGGAUUUGAAGGGCACAAUAGUACUGUUGUGAUAUUUACAUGCAUGUGUAGAAAGAUGAUUUUAAGCUUUUGAAUUUGGUUAUGAGGAUCAUGCUUAAUUGAACCUAUAAGCCAUAAAAAAAGUGAUGCUACAGUUUUUUAUUUUUAUUUUUUUUGGUUCCAUUGUUUUUUUUUUUUUCCAAAUAACCAAAGCACAUAGGAAUGCCAUGUUUAGCUUGAAGGGCAUUUGUAAUUGCACAGCCAGGUAUAAUUGAUGCCCAGCAGUUUGAAGUUGUCAUCGUUUGCUAAGGCUGGGUUUGCAUUCGUUGACCAACAUGACGUCUUUGUUCAUGCCGUACUGUUAAAAAUAAUAGUUUCUUAGAAGGAUAUACAUAAAGCAGUUUUCACAAAAAAUAAAAUAAAAUAAAUCCAAGUGUUAAGAAUAGCUUUUGAAAUAUUUUUCCCCGUCAGAUAUAUUUUUGAAAUGCUGCAGUUGCUUCAUAUUUCAGAUGCGUACUCUCCAUAUUUUGUAAGGGUUCAGUCAACACUAUGCUGUUUAAAUUAUAUCCAGUGCUAAUAAUGCUCUUAAAGUGAUUUUUGUACAUUUAAAGUUGACAAAAGGCACAGUUGUGUGAUUUUUAAUGCAGAACACACACAUUUUUGUACUGCAUAAAUCACUUAGCCUUAAUGCGUGAAGCUCAACGUCCAAUCACUCUUGCGCACUAAAAAUGGUUUACUUAAUCGUGUUACAGUUUAAGUCAUCAAGUAAAUUCCAACCCUCGCAGUUUAGAUAGUAAUUUUCAAUUCAUUUGAAGGGGUGUUUUGUAAUAUAAUUUAGCUGGUCGAAAAGCGUUUCCCUUGUAUGCCUGUUCAGAUCACACCAUCACAUUGGCUUAUUUCUAGCGAGAUGAAAAAUUGAAGUUUUAUUGAAUAUGCACUAUAGAUAGUUUUUUUUAAACUCAAAGUUAUUUGAAUUUAAUUUCUUUUAAAAUAUUAAUAGUGGAAUUGUUAAGCAUUUUCAUGUUACAAUAGUGUUAGAUUUAUUGCUUAAAAUAUUACACAGAUCCCCCUGAAGCAGCACUUUUUGCUGAUUGUCUGCAAGGACUCCUUUCCUCCUGUGCAAACUAGCAUGAUAUUAAGUUUUAAUUACUAAAUUAAAUCUGCUUUAGCAAUGCUGCAAUAUAGCUCAUACGGAAUAAAUUGCUGAGUGGGUAUUUGUGUGUACUCCCAGUCUGAGUAACAAAGGGAACUGUGGUUGCUGCAACUUUUUCAAUUUGUUGCUGUUCUGUGAAACCGGAAUCUCAAAAAAAAAAAAAAAAAAAAUCAAACAAACAAAAAAACAAUUUUUUUUUUAAAUUGGGGAAAACAAUUUAAAAUCUGAAUUUUCAAAUUUGCCUCAAUGGGAAGGAAACCAUUCAGGAAAGCAAAGUUUAUGUUUGUGGGCUUGUGGGGGGAAGGGGAGAGGAGGGGGGGAGGGAUCGAGGUUAAAAUAAAGGUUGUAUUUAUGUGUCAUGUCCAGGUACUCGUAUUAGGAGAAUAUGAACGCAGGCUUAUUUCUGUUAACCACCUCCUUGAUUUCCCUGCCGUCUCCUGGCCUAUAAAUGGCACGCUCCAUAACACCAGUGCAGACACAAACUGGCCCCAUGCGCCUUCAGAGUUGCCUGCCUAUUUUAAUUUCAGCUGCUCUGUCCCUCUUCAUAUAUUAAUUUCCUGAGCGCGUCUCAUGCAUUAGACCUAGUUUUUGUUCGGGCUCUCUUUCUUAAAGACAUGACAUUCUUUGAUAACGGAGGCAUGGGUUCUCAGCAUUCACACAUUUCUCAGUGGAAUCCAUUUGUUUUUUGUUGCCCUUUCUGUCUUUGAAUCUCUGACAUGAUUAAGCGAGUUGGGCUGUUUUUUCUACUGUAGCUUUUAUAGGUGGUCAAGCUGCAUAGAGUCCUGUGCUGGGACAUUGAUCUAUGAUGAUAUUGGUUCCUUCUUGAACCUUUUUUAACCUCUGGGUAAAGGGAAAGAAAACAGGCACAUGUGUUUUAACAAGGGAUUUCACUCUACCUUAUUUUUAGUAUUGUACAUGUCGGCUGAUAUAGAUUAAAAUGCCUUCAAGAUUCAUUUUGCUUCUGCCUUUUGCAUGCAGUUUAAUUUUUAGUAAGGCAGGCCGUUGUGGCAGUUUUGAAAUUGUCACCUUGCCCACCCCCACGCCUGCAUUAAGCCCUACAGAAUAGUGCUUUUUCCUGAGCUCCUGGACCUCCUAUUCGCCCAAAUGGGUGUUGGUAAUUGCCAUUAUUUUUAGUCGGAAGUGGGGGGGGGGUUAAAGGGCAGACUGCAGUGCUCGAUUUGGAUCUUGCUCUGUACUUUCCUUCACUCUUGGACUUUUAACAAUGGACCUUGUUGUCUUGCUCACAAAUGGGUUGAACACUAUCUUGCUAUUAUGUAACAUCGCAGUUUGAGAAACUUUGCAUUUGGCCUGUUUGGUUGACAUAAGGACAUACUUUGAGGGAAUUUUUAAAAAUCCCCAUUUGUAUUAUUUCCCUCAUUAAAAUCAACUGAUUGAAGGUAUUUGGGAAAUGUUAAUAGGUAGGGAAGGUUGGUUAUAGUGGGUUUGGUGUUUGCUUGCAUUGAACACAUGGUGAGCUUGAAUGUUCAAGACAAGCAGUUGGAGGUUCAUUAUAGUUUUUUGGCUUCUCUUUGCAUGUAAAGUUUUGUUUCAUCAUUGGGUUAUGGGCGUGAGUACCUGUUUUGGGAAGGAGUGUUUAGAAUCAAGACAUCAACAGGCAGCAUGACAGUAUUUGUUGGUGAGGACUGAUGGGAAUCUUGCCUGCAUAUCCGUGGGGUAGAUGCAUUGGUUUUGUGUAGUGCAUUAUGGGUUGCCUGUGUGUGUUAGUUAUCUGACAUGUAAUUGUGAGGUAAUUAAUUUGACCUCUGAAUUGGAGUAAUGUUGUGGUUGAACGUGUGCUUGGAUAAUGUGGCUCAUUGAAUGUGUGAUAAACGAACGUUAGCUAGCCUAAAUGCUACUUGUGUUGCCACAAAAUGGAAAUGAAACAAAUGUACAGAAAGGCAGUGCUGAAUGAAAGCAAAAACAAAUGUGAAGUUCUGUUUAAAAUUUUAAUUUUAGUACCGUGUUCUGGCGGUUUCUUUAAUCCCAUAUUAGCUACAAUAUUAGAUGUACACAAACUGAAUUGGAUGAACACUGAAGUGAAAUUUAUUUUUUUUGUUUUCUGCUGUGAUCUUCCAAAUACUUCGGUAGCCAGGGAUUUCAGUGCAUUUUGUUUCAGUGAUUUGCUGUUGCCUUGUACAUGAUGACUGAUGUCAGACUGUGGCUUGUUGGAAUUGCCGAAACAUUACGUUAUUACUGUUGAGCACUUGACAAGCUUCACCUGUUAUGUUUUUAUUUUGAAUUAUUUUUUUUGUUUAGGUUGACCAUGCUGUGAGUGAAAAUGAAAGUUUACAUUUAAUUCAGCAACGUCUCCCUCGUUUCUGAAUUCUUUCAUGAACAAUUUGGUACAAUUUAAAUCUUUAUUUUCUCACAUUAGUGCUGCUCUAUUAUUUUAUUAUAAUGGCCUUUUUCUUUACUAAAAUGAGAAAAUAGAAUGUCAGUUUCUAAUGUACAUAAAACACCUUUGGCUGUAGUUUUGGGAGAAUCAAAUAUAGCUGUGCGUCAUUUUGUGGAACAUUUCAGACAGAACGAUGGCUACCAGGCCAUUAAGUAAAUUCUAGAUAGAAUUGCAGGCUGUUCCAGUUUACAUUUUAGCCAAUUAUAAAGUAUGUUGGGAAUACAAAAGUGUCAUUUUCCAAUGUCCCUUUUGCUUUUUUUGUUCUUUUUUUCUGGAAAGAAUAUUUACUGAUUUUUAUUUUUAUUUUAUUUUAUUUUUUUUGCACAUUUUUGAAUACAGUUUAAAAAGUUGUAUCGACUGAUACAAAUUGUAAAUAAAAGACUUAUUCACAAA